CACACAAAAAAAGUAUAAAUACGUGACCGAAAAAAGAAAGCCAAAAGCCAAAACGGUGCCGGAGAUUGAAAUCAUCCCAUUCUCGGCUUUGCUUCAUCCGAUGGCGAACGUAGGACCUUCCUCCUCCUCCUCCUCUUCUCAGCCGGAAGUUGCAGAUGAAUCCCAAGACUGGAUUCUCGGAGCCGGGUCGGGUUGGGUCGAAGCCCGAACAUCUUGCGAUCACUUGAAUUCUCUUUCUCCCGAUCUAGCUCGCUUACCAAAUCCCGAUACUCCCUGUUCAAGGUGCGAAAACCCGGUAGAGAACUGGUUAUGUCUUAGUUGUAAAGAGGUUCUGUGCAGCCGUUUUGUGAACAGGCAUAUGCUUAUGCAUCAUCAACAGACUGCUCACUGCCUUGCACUCAGUUACAGUGACUUGUCGGUAUGGUGCUUCUGCUGCGAAGCGUAUCUUGAUGCUCAGGUCAUAUUACAGCUGAGGCCAGUUCACCAAGCUGCUUAUAUUCUCAAAUUCGGCGAGGCUCCUCCCUUACCCCAACUUUGAACAUUCAAUGUUUUUUAACCUUUGAUGAUUUUGUAUCGCUGGAUGUGUUUAGGGAAGAUUUGGUAGAUUUGAGUUCCCGUCACUAUUUUUGGUUCCGUGAAAUUUAUAUUACAUUUCUUUAAAAACGA